CCGCCCUUUGACGCCAUCUUAUGCUGGAAGAGGCGGCUCUGGGACGGCAGAGUGGUGAGAAGUGAUGCCGUGUAAAGUGAAGGGGAGUUUGUUAUGUAGUGGGGAAGUGUAGUAGGCUUCUAGUACACACACCUGGGGCGGACUAUGACUGGAGUCACGGCUGGGCACAGGAUUUAUUGUAAAGUCGGGCUUAGCCAACUCUCUGGAAGCUUGGCUGUAGAAAGACACAACUGACUUGUGGGCGAGGAGCAGGAAUGUGCCGGUGCAGCUGACAGGCAGUGCAGAGAAGGAGGCAUGUAUACUUGGGAUAUGUGUUAAAGGGAAAUGUCUCAGGGACCUGCUGCAGACUUUGACCUUAUGAAUGCACUGGACUGGAGCAACGGUAUUGCGACUCUUCCUGGAAGUGAAAUACGGUUUCGGCUCAGUGAGUUUGGCACCCUGGAAAUCGUUGCAGAUUCUCGCACUACUGUCGCUCCUCUUAAGACCCAAAAUCAAGAAAAAAACAUUACAAGCAUCACUUGCCUAGCCUUUAAACAGGAGAGUAAAAGCAACAGUGAGGGGAAACUUGAAGAAAUGGAGAAAAAGGAGACAGCUGGGGAGGGCGAAAGCGUGCCACCUCCUGUAGAGGAGCAAUCAAAUACAUCAUUCCCACUGACAGUGCCUGUGGCUCCAGUGACCAGUACAGAGAGUGAGCGUCCUCAGAGACUGCGAAAAAAGAGAAAGCUGCUUAUGGACUCUGGGGAUGAAGAGGACUUUAUAGAUGAAGAAGAGGAUAAAGUCAGAGGUCACCACAAAGGUCGAAAACCUUCCAAGCAAACAAAAUCAGCACCCACGGCCAAGAAGAAAUCAUGGAACUGGGUCUCUUACCUAGAAGAAGAGAAGAUGCCAGCAGCUCCUCUAAAACUCUUCAAAGAGCAUCAGUCUUUCCCUCAGACACGUAAUGGAUUUAAAGUGGGAUACAAGCUGGAAGGGAUAGAUCCUGAACAUCCCUCUUUAUACUGCGUCUUAACUUCAGUCGAGGUCCAAGGUUAUCGAAUGCGGCUACAUUUUGAUGGAUAUCCAGAUUGCUAUGAUUUUUGGGUUAACGCUGAUUCUGUGGAUAUACACCCAGUGGGAUGGUGUGAGAAAACUGCACACAGACUUACUCCCCCUAAAGGUUAUAAAGAUGGAGAAUUUAGCUGGCCUUCCUACUUAAAGCAAUGCAAGUCACAAGCUGCUCCAAAGACAUUAUUUAAAAGUUAUAACACGCCAGUAACGCCCUCUGGUUUCCGUGUGGGUAUGAAACUGGAAGCUGUGGAUCGGAAGAAUCCUUCACUACUGUGUGUGGCUACAAUUUCUGAUAUUGUGGAGAACAGACUACUUAUUCAUUUUGAUAGCUGGGACCACAGUUAUGAUUACUGGUGUGAUGCUAGCAGUCCAUAUAUCAGACCUGUUGGACACUGUAAAGAAUUUGGGAUACCUUUGACACCCCCACCAGAAUAUAAAGACCCAAAAAGUUUCUCCUGGGAGGCUUAUUUGGAGAAGACAGGUGCUCAAGCAGCCCCAUCAAGAGCCUUUAAAGUGCGACCUGCACAUGGCUUCCAACCACAAAUGAAACUUGAAGCUGUAGAUAAAAGGAAUCCUAUGUUAAUUCGGGUCGGCACUAUUGUUCAGAGAGAGGAAAACCGUAUUCAGCUACAUUUCGAUGGCUGGAGCUCAUUUUAUGACUAUUGGGUAGAUGCAGACAGUCCAGAUAUUCAUCCAGUAGGUUGGUGUGCAAAGACUAGCCACCCUCUUCAGUUACCCCCAGGUGUUGGAGAGACAGCUGCAAUUCCUGGACAGGGCUGUCCUAUCCUUGGUUGUAAAGGGAUCGGACAUGUGCGGGGCCCACGAUAUGGCACACAUUAUACUGCUGUCGGAUGUCCCUACUCAGAGGUAAACCUGAACAGAGAAAGUCUCUUGCAGGACCGUCUUAGUGGGGAGAAGCCACUGCCAGCAUACAGCACAUUGAAACCCAGACGGCCAGGCACACCCAACCCAACACCUGACACUCAUCCGGAUUCUCCCCUGUCCAGAAAGUCUCCAACUCCUACAGAGGAGCAAUUUGGUAAAGGAAGCAUGUGGGAAAUGGCAGAGUGGCUGGAGGAUGAAGCAGAAAUGAAACCACAAAUUAAAAAGGGUACCCACACAUAUAUCCGCCUACAGCUGAUUAAACAGGACACCGAUGGCACAGACUCUGAACUGAGCUUGGAGCAAGCUCUUCAUGAAUCAGUAUUUAUGACCUCCUUGUCCCCUGACCCUGGCCAUCGAAUUCACCUGUGCUGGGAACAGCAGUGCCACCUCCUACCCGAAGUGUCGGCAUAUAGUGCGAAAACUGUAACCAAGUGGACAACUGAAGAAGUUGCUCAGUUUGUCCAGCAGCUGCCAGGCUGUACAGAACAAGCCUCUGUUUUCAGAGAAGAGCAAAUAGAUGGCGUGGCUUUUUUACUGCUUACUCGUAAUGAUUUGGUGAAGAUUUUGGGGCUGAAGCUAGGUCCUGCUCUGAAGAUUUACAACUCAAUCCUUAUGUUCAACAACCUAGAACAGAAUUGAUCUAAGAAGAAGAAUUGUGAAAGACGCACACUGCUUCAGGACUGUGAACUAACUGUCUGAUGAUUUUAGGACAAAGGGUGAAUGUUGGUCUACUUGCACUGCACCCAGGAAGUCGAGCACAGUCUGGGAGUUGAGUUGCAUUCAUCAGAGAAUGUGCUUUAUCUGCUCUGAUGUUCCUGUCUGCAUAUUUGUUAUGUAGUAUAGGAGAGAUCUAGAUGUGAAUUACAUUUGGCAUGAUAAAUCUACUGCUGUGGUGCCUUACUGCUUUGAGUCCUGGCCAUUCUUGCACCAGGAGUUUAAGGUGCAAUGAAAUGAUUUUGUUUUUGCUCACAGAACAAGUAAAUGGUUUUGUUGUCAA